ACAUCUGCAAAGCGCGAGGAAAACUAGUUUAUAGUGAUCGGCGAGCCCUGACACAUAGCACCGCACACAGUCGGUUGGGUCGUGUGUGCGGUAUUGUCGCGCGGAGUGUGCUGCCCGCGCACGGAAGGAUUAGACGAGAUCCAAGCGUCGACAAAUUUAUAUAUCACAUAUGCACCGAAGAAAAGCUCGUUAUUUAUCAUGAAAUGACCGUGAGACGGAGCGAGGUGAUCGAGUGAGUUACGAAGUGGAAAAAGUUGGCCUAUGAUUGUUUUGUUUGUCUUCUCGCUCUCGAGUUGUGUUUUAUAGUGCAUAAGAGUGUGCGCGUGUUAUGUAUCUACGAGAUUUUUGCUCUACAAAAGAGGCGAGAAUUUCAGGCUUUCGAGUUUAAGGCAAGGGUAGAUAAUGCUCGAUACACGAUUAGAACGAUAGGGGAGCAAGGGACACGGAAUAAAGCAAUUGGAGAAAAUUGACUGAAAGAUCCGCCGUUUUCACCUGUUGAUUCGAGAGUAGUGGCAGUGCAGUACAUCCAUCAAAGCUGCCCCUGCUACGAUCAAAGAAGAAGCGCGCGCCAGCGAUCGAGAAGUAAUUGUGAAUCAAGCGAGCGACAAUCCAGAACUAAUUAAACAACUUAGAUGAGGAAAUAAACGUUCGGGUAUAGAGGCGAGAGAGAGUGAGCGAGAGAGCGGCUGCAGCACAAGCACAAUGGAAAACACUAGGAACGAUACAAUGAGCGGAGUGGAGUCGGGGAUCGAAGAGGACGAGCGGGACAACGACCUGGUCAAAGUGGAGCUGCUCGUGCUGUCGCUAAUAUUUCUGGUAACCCUCAUGGGCAAUUCCCUCGUGCUCUUUGCCAUUUAUCUGCGACGCUGCCGCGGCAGACGUCAGAGACUCACGAGGAUGCACUUCUUCGUCAUGCACCUGAGCAUCGCCGACCUCAUCACGGGCCUGCUCAACGUCCUCCCUCAGCUGGCUUGGGACAUCACUUUUAGGUUUCAUGGAGGCGAGAUAUUAUGCAAGCUGGUGAAAUUCGGCCAGCCGCUGGGCUCCUACCUGAGCUCCUACGUGCUCAUGGCGACGGCGGCCGACAGGUACCACGCCAUUUGUUAUCCCCUGAGCUACUGCCGUACGACCUCGCGCAGAUCGAGAAUUACCGUCUACACGGCCUGGAUACUGUCGUUGCUGCUGUGUCUGCCGCAAAUUUUUAUCUUCUCGAUUCAAGAGAUCGCCCCGGGCAUCUGGGAUUGUUGGGCUACUUUUGACCUGCCUUACGCAAAAAAGGCCUACGUCACUUGGUUUAGCAUUAUGAUUUUCCUGCUGCCAUUUAGCGUGCUGACAUUCACUUAUGUCGAGAUUUGCCUGAGCAUAUGGCACAACCGCGAGGUGGCGAUGCUCGAGUCUCAGCAGGCCCUGCAGCCGCAGAUCAGGGCCAGGAAUCAGGGCUCGCUCAUCUCCAAGGCGAAGAUCAACACGAUCAAGCAGACGCUGGCGGUGGUGAUACUCUACGCGGCCUCGAGUAUGCCGUUCAUCGGAGGUCAGCUCUGGUCCGCCUGGGAUCCAUACGCGGCUGAAUCAGCUUUCUUCAAAGGCCCGACGUUCACGAUACUAUCGCUGCUGAGCAGCUUGACGAGCUGCGUCAAUCCUUGGAUCUAUCUCACGUUCAGCUACGAGCUGCGCAUCGUCCUGAUGAAAUUUUUGCGUAGCCUGGUGAAGCGAGAUCGAGCCUCGAAUUUUGAGCGAGCCUCGAGCAAUGCCUCCAACGAAACGAGGUCUUCCAAAAGGUCAUCGCUGGUCUCCAGGAUGUCUCGCUACACCAGCUUGAUAAUCAAUCGGACUAGCAACGGCAGCGUGAAAAGCAAUAAAAAUAAUAACCUCGCGACCUGAUGUAAAAUAUUAUAUUAUAUUAUAUAUUUUCCUAUUUUAUUUGUACAUACAUAAAUCUUCGAUAUACAUUCAUACAUAUAAAAAUAUUUAUAUUUAUACACCAGUUGACGAAUAAACGAUUGUUAGAUUUUCAUUAAAA